AUGGUGGAGGUGGGGAGCCGGGUGCAGGGGUUCCUGCGGAACCGGUGGCUGGUGUUCGUGGCGGCGAUGUGGAUGCAGUCCUGCGCGGGGGUGGGGUACCUCUUCGGCAGCCUCUCGCCGGUGAUCAAGAGCUCGCUGGGGUACAACCAGCGCCAGGUGGCCGGGCUCGGCGUCGCCAAGGACCUCGGCGACAGCGUCGGCUUCCUCGCGGGGACGCUCUGCGCGCUGCUCCCGCUCUGGGCCGCGCUCCUCGUCGGCGCCGCACAGAACCUCGUCGGCUACGGAUGGGUCUGGCUCGCCGUCACGCGCCGGGUCCCCGUGCCACCGCUCUGGGCGAUGUGUAUUCUAAUCUUCAUUGGUAACAAUGGUGAGACAUACUUCAACACUGCUGCACUCGUCUCGUGUGUUCAGAACUUCCCCAAGAGCCGUGGACCAAUUGUUGGUAUCCUCAAGGGAUUCGCUGGGUUAAGUGGUGCAAUUCUGACACAGAUCUAUGCAAUGAUACACUCGCCUGAUGAUGCUGCACUGAUCUUCAUGGUUGCCGUUGGCCCAACAAUGGUAGUUAUAGCUUUAAUGUUCAUUGUAAGACCAGUUGGAGGCCACAGGCAAGUACGGCCUUCUGAUGGCACAAGUUUCACAUUUGUAUACAGUGUCUGCUUGCUCUUGGCCGCUUAUCUGAUGGGCGUCAUGCUACUUGAAGACCUUGUCGACCUAAGCCAGUCAAUGAUUGCCUUGUUGACCAUCAUUCUAAUCAUCUUUUUAUUAGUUCCAAUAGUCAUCCCAGUGCUACUCAGCUUCUUUUCAGAUGACGAUGAGACUUUGUAUGCACUAUUACUGCCAUCACCUCGGAAAGAAGAACCAAGUGCAUCAACAUCUUCUGAGGAGCAACAGGAGGUUAUACUCAGUGAGUUGGAGGAUGAAAAGCCAAGGGAUGUUGAUCUUCUUUCAGCCUCAGAGAGGCAAAAAAGGAUUGCAGCAUUGCAGGCAAGGCUAUUUCAGGCAGCUGCUGUUGGUGCAGUGAGGGUUAAGAGGAGGAGAGGUCCACGACGAGGUGAAGAUUUCACACUGAUGCAAGCGCUCAUCAAGGCAGAUUUUUGGCUUCUAUUUUUCUCCCUUUUGUUGGGCUCCGGAUCCGGUCUCACUGUGAUUGAUAAUCUUGGGCAAAUGAGCCAGUCAUUGGGUUACAAGGAAACCCACAUUUUUGUGUCGAUGAUUAGCAUUUGGAACUUCCUUGGGCGCAUUGGUGGUGGUUACUUCUCAGAGAUUAUUGUCAAAGAUUAUGCGUAUCCAAGAGCAAUUGCAUUAGCUAUAGCUCAAGUUUUGAUGGCAAUUGGGCACUUCAACUUUGCAAUGGCUUGGCCUGGGACAAUGUACAUCGGCACACUGCUUGUCGGAAUUGGCUAUGGCGCUCACUGGGCCAUUGUGCCAGCCGCUGCCUCUGAACUGUUUGGGGUGAAAUACUUUGGAGCACUGUACAAUUUCCUCACUGUUGCAAAUCCAGCAGGCUCCCUGGUAUUCUCUGGGAUUAUUGCCAGCGGCAUCUAUGACUCUGAAGCUGCAAAGCAGGCUCAGCAGCGCCACAACUCCACAUUGUUGGCAAUGCCUGCCAGAGUGGUUACCAUGAUAUCUGAAGCUGCUCCAUCACUGAAGUGCGAGGGUGCCAUCUGUUUCUUCCUCUCGUCCCUGAUCAUGUCCGGGUUCUGCAUCAUUGCUGUUGUUUUGAGCUUGAUCCUGGUCUACCGGACAAAGAUUGUAUACACAAAUCUAUACGGGAAGCCGCGUACUUGAAAGAUCAAUUCUUAAGGGCUAGAGGGCACGAUAUAGUUUCAGAGUUUUGAAUUCAGGCUGUGGUACCCCGGCAUGCCUGUACAGGUUUGGUGUUGUCCUUCAACUUGUUCUGGACCACGUUCUUUGGAGAGCAGAACUGGAGCUUUGCGUUCAUUAGAAAGUGCUCAAGUGCUGCCGAUGAGCCUGGAACUCUUUGGAGUGGCAGAAGCUGCUCCCAAGCAGCAUUCAAGUUAGUGGCUGCAGAUGGUAGCAUGGGUGGUGCCGGGUACGAGUACGGCAUCGUGAAAGUGUAUGAAAGUUAAUGGUGGAAUUGUGCCUUUUGCUCGAGUUUUGCUGUAUUUAGUUGGAAAAUAUUGUAUACACGUGUAAUAAGCUGGAGAUCUUAUCUAUGUUUCCUUACACAGGGAAUGACAUAUUCUUUCUUAUUA